AUGGGUAACAACACAAAAGUGCUGACAGCGUCGUUACUAUCCCUGUUGCUUUCCCUCGUGCUCGCACAAUUCGAGCCGCCCGUCGGUGGCGGUCCGCCGACCGCCGGCAAACCGUGCUCCUCGUCGUUCCACUGCUGGAGGGCCGAACCGAUCAACGUAUUUGGAGAGCCUGUUGGGUUGUUGCAAGGAAACCGUCGAAAACGUCUAGAAGUGGGCUCAUCAUUCUCGAAAGGCGGCCGAUGUCGAUGCAUUGAGGGCACAUGUGCACAAUUCCAGCAACGGUCGCAGUCAUUCUUACCGUGCGAAGAGUUUUGA